GCUGGACUGGGACAUGGGGAAUGAGCUCUUUCUGGCCUUCACCACAUCUCACCUCCCCUUAGCAGAGCAGAAACUUGCCAGGUAUAAACUCCGAAUUGUUAAGCCACCAAAAUUACCCCUAGAGAAAAAACCCAACCCUGAUAAGGAUGGUCCAGAUUAUGAGCCCAACCUGUGGAUGUGGGUAAACCCUAACAUCGUGUAUCCCCCUGGAAAGCUGGAGGUCCCAGGACUUACGAAGAGGGAGGAUCUGACAAGCACGCUCCCCUCCUCUCAGCCAUUCCAGAAGGAGGAAGAUGUCAGCUGCUCAGAUCCCACAGGGGUGGAAUCACUGUCCCGGUCCUCCAGCGAGUGGUCGCCCCCUCGGAAGCGGUUUGCCUUUUCCCCCAGCAUCUGGAAGAAAGCACUUCCCCUUUUUCCGGACGGCCACAGAAGGCUGGAAGAAUACCGACCGUCACAAUCUCUGUUUCCGAGACAGCUUUGAGAAAGUGCCUGUCAGCAGCAUGCAGGGUGGGGCCAGCACACGGCCUCGAUCUUGCCUCUGGAAGUUGACCGAGGAGGGACACCGCCGCUUUGCGGAGGAGGCCAGAGCCUUGGCUUCCACUCGACUGGAAAGUAUCCAACAGUGCAUGAGCCAGCCAGAUGUGAUGCCCUUUCUCUUUGACCUCUAACCCCAAGAAGUGAGAGCCAACUAAUUCUUUAUUAAAUUUA